UCGGGUAUGCUUUUGUCCCGGACUUAUCGACAACUUCCCAGUCAGCGCAACUGCUCAUGCUUACAAAUGAGAUACCUGAUGAAUUGACAGUAUAAAAUGCUCGAAACAAGGUGCAGAAUUCGGCAACCUCACAUCCACAUCUUCACCUCGCCUUCAGAAUUCUCUUUCUGCUCUCCAUAAUGGCCCCUUCUGCUUACAACAAGCUCCAGAACAAGCAUGUUCUCAUCCUUGGAGGAAGUUCAGGGCAUGGUUAUGCCGUGGCAGAUGGCUCUCUCGCUUCUGGAGCCAAGGUCACCAUUUCCUCCUCUUCUCAGACCAAAGUUGAUGCUGCCGUUUCUCGUCUGAAAUCAGACUACCCCUCCCAAACAGACACGAUUGUCGGCUUCCCCGCUGACCUCUCCAACCCAAUCACGGUGGAAGACGACCUUGAUGUCCUGUUCAAGAAAGCCGAGUCUACCCACGUCGCAUCUCGAUACCUGCCCAAGGAGAACACUUCCAGCAUCACCAUCACCAGCGGGUCUGUGACAAAGAAGCCGGCGAAAGGGCGGACCCUGAUGAGUUAUUAUGGCGGCGGACUCUCCACUUUGGCCAAAGCGCUCGCUGUUGAUCUCGCGCCGAUCAGGGCGAACGUGGUUCAACCUGGCUAUGUCGAGACAGGACUCUGGACGGAAGAGCAGAAGGCAUCCACGGCCAAAGCUGUCGCCAAAUCAACGCUCACGGGGGUGCCCGCUAAGGGCGAAGAUGUUGUGGAGGCGUAUCUGUGGUUGAUGAAGGACAGCAACGUGACUGGAGCAACGGCGGAGACGGAUUCUGGUGGGCUGUUGGCUUAA